GAUGAAACUCACUACACCAGUCAGAUUGAACUUGUUUAAUUUUACAAUUCUCAGUUUUUUCGGCCGAAAGAAAAUGGUCCAAGACAAAAGGAAAAUAGUGAAGGGCAUAUCCUUCAUUAUGUAAAACCCUAAUGCAGUUGGUUAUGUGCUCCAUUUAUAGUCUCAACUCAAUCUUCGUCUCUUCCAUUCUCUCACGUACCCUCUCUUCAAGCUGCUACCUAGAUUGCAAUCAUGGCUGAUGGACUGGAGCAUCCAUCAGUUGUUCAGAAGCUAGCUGGACAAUCUUACCUUGUCUCCAGGCUUAGCCCCAACUUCCACUCCGGGAAUUAUUCUGCAACUGGUAUUAACCUCAAUGGAGGACUGCACACUUCUGGGUUAGCUGCCUUGUCAUUUGUAUCUCCAAUUACUUCACAUGCUCCAGCAGAGAAAGGACCAGGUGCUUUUAUGGUGGAUUUUCUAAUAGGCGGAGUAUCUGCUACUGUAUCAAAGACAACUGCUGCUCCAAUUGAGAGAGUAAAAUUGCUCAUUCAAAAUCAGGAUGAGAUGAUCAAAAGUGGUCGGUUAUCUGAACCAUACAAGGGAAUUGGUGAUUGUUUUGCUCCAACCAUGAAGGAUGAGGGUGUGAUUGCUCUUUGGAGAGGCAAUACUGCCAAUGUUAUCAGAUACUUCCCCACUCAGGCUUGAUACCAUCUUAGAUAACGAGAACAGAAGAGAGAAGAAGAGAACUAAACAAAAUGAUUUUAUUGAGAAUGAAAACUAACUUGUAUCAUGUAAACUUAGAGUAUUUAUAAGUAAGUGGUUUUGUAACCACACCAUUACAGCUGUAAACAGAUCUAAACAUAUUACAGUAUAAAACAUACAGUUGUACAAAAUAUAGUAUUUUAUUCUAAUACUCUAAU